AUGGACGGCGGCGAACGAGGGGGCAAGAGCAGCGGCCGGCCCCCCGGGCUAGGAGCCUGUCCUAAUACCAGGCUCUUUUCAAACCCAUUGAUGGGCGAUGCUGUGUCUGACUGGUCUCCUGUGCAUGAGGCUGCUGUCCUCGGACGUCCACUGUCUCUGAGGAACCUCAUAAACCAGGGGUGGCCUGUGAACCUCAUCACAGCCGAUCGUGUCUCCCCACUUCAUGAAGCCUGUCUUGGAGGUCAUCUCUCCUGUGCAAACAUUCUCUUAAGGCAUGGGGCUGACGUGAAUGGCGUGACGGCAAACUGGCACACCCCCUUGUUUAACGCCUGCAUCAGCGGCAGCCAGGACUGUGUGAGUGUGCUUCUGCAGCAUGGAGCCAACCCACAGCCUCAGAACGAUCUGGCAUCUCCCAUGCAUGAAGCUGCUAAGAGAGGCCACAUGAAGUGUAUUGAGACCCUUGUUACUUACGGGAGUGACAUUGACUAUAACAUUAGCCACCUGGGAACUCCACUCUAUGUGGCUUGUGAAAACCAGCAGAUAUCCUGUGUCAGAAAGCUUCUGGAGUCAGGCGCCAACGUGAACCAAGGAAGAGGUCUGGAUUCCCCUCUUCAUGUAGUGGCCAGGAAAUUGAAUGAGGAGCUAGCCAAUCUGCUCAUGGACUUCGGGGCUGACUUCCAGGCCAAGAAUGCUGAAGGCAAACGUCCUGUGGACCUGGUGCCUCCCGAUAGCCCUCUGAGCCAGCUCUUCAUGGAGAGAGAAGGGCCCCCUUCUCUGAUGCAGUUGUGCCGCCUUCGAAUUCGGAAGUGCUUUGGAGCUGGGCAGCAUUAUAAGAUAACCGGACUCGUCCUCCCGGAGGAGCUGAAGCGCUUUCUCCUACAUCUUUAA